AUGGCCUUGGUCCAACCCAAUGGGGCCCAGGAAGAAUCCUUGUUUCUCUCUAAACCUCUCUCCUUCCUGGCAUACCCACACCAGCCACUACCUCCACUCAGCCCUUGCUCCCCCAGUGACACUUCUCUCUUCCUUACAGGGUACAUGCAACAACUCGCCUUCAGACAACCCAACAAGGCCUUUUCGGCCUUCCUGCAUAUGAAGUCCAGCACCUGGCUGACAGCCUACGUGGUCAAGGUCUUCUCUCUGGCCGCCAACCUCAUCGCCAUCGACUCCGAAGUCAUCUGUGGGGCUGUCAAGUGGCUGAUCCUGGAGAAGCAGAGGCGUGAUGGAGUCUUCCAGGAGGAUUCGCCCGUUAUACACCAAGAAAUGAUUGGUGGCUACAGACAUGCUGAGGAGAAAGAUGUGUCCCUCACAGCUUUUGUUCUCAUCGCACUGAAGGAGGCUAAAGAUAUUUGUGAGAGACAGAUCAAUAGCCUUGGGGGCAGCAUCAAUAAGGCCGGAGACUUCCUUCAAACACACUACAUGAACUUGAAGAGACCAUAUGCUGUGGCCAUUGCUGGCUAUGCCCUGGCCCAGUUGGGCAAGCUGGAGGGCCCUCUCCUCGACAUAUUUCUGAAAACAGCCACAGAUAAGAACCGCUGGGAGGAGCCUGGCCAAAGGCUCUACACUAUAGAGGCCACAUCCUAUGCCCUGUUGGCUCUGCUGCUGCUCAAAGACUUUGACUCUGUACCUCCUGUUGUGCGCUGGCUCAACGAGCAGAGAUUCUAUGGAGGUGGCUAUGGCUCCACCCAGGCCACUUUCAUGGUGUUCCAAGCCUUGGCCCAAUACCAGAGGGAUGUCCCUGACCAUGAGGAUCUGAAUCUGGAUGUGUUGAAGAAGCCUCAGGACGCCAAGAGCACCAUGUUACUCAACAUCUGUACCAG